CAACAACACAGCAGUACACCAUCAAAACAUCAUGAUCCGCCACGAUUACUCUCGAGUUGACCCCAAGCGACGCGCCAAUCUCGACUACAAGAAGCGGCAAUGGGCAAAUGCAGAGUUUCAGCAGCAGAACUAUGAGCACCGGCUCAACCUUUACGUCGUGCCGCCCACCGCAGAGAUCACGCUUGAGGAAUUCGAAACCUGGGCGAUUAACCGAUUGAAAGUCCUCUCCGAGCUCGAAGCAUGUAGUUUCCGGAACCGCAGCCCGGAAGAAACCGCCGAGUUCAUGAAGGGCAUACUAGACAAAUAUCUGCCGCUGCGAUCGGCCUCGUCAAAGAGCCAGAAACUUCAAGAUGAGCGGAGGAAGGAUCACUAUUCACAUUUCAUUCUGCGCCUCGCGUUCUCCUCGACCGAGGACCUUCGACGGCGGUUUUCGAGGUUAGAGACGAUGCUCUUUAGGCUCAGGUUCAAGGAUGAUGAUCUGCGGGAGCGGCAAGAGUUUGUGAGGAGUCUCAAUCUGGAGUGGGAUGAAGUCAAGGAGGAUGAGAAGAGAGAGUUGAGAGAGGAGCUGCUGGCGGCGAGCGGGCAGAAGAAGGGAGAGGAGCAGGAGUGGUUUAAAGUGGACUGGGAGAGAGUGCCAGAGUUGGUAGAGCAGAGGAAGGUUCUCUUGAAGAGGGGAAAGGCAUAUGUGCCGCAAAGAGAGCAGAUGAGUCUUGUGGUUGCCGAGUUCACGAAGAAGCUAGACGAUGCGCUCGAGCUAACAGCCCGCGCACUACCCCGUCUAGACGAAGACGACCGCCUCGCCCCCAUCCUCGCCCAUCUCUCACAGUCGUUCACAGCCCCCGACGCCGCAUACUCCUCUUCAGACGCCAACAUCGACGGCCUCUCCACCAUAUCCGCAAACAGCAUCGACACGCUCUCGCAAAACUUCCCCCUCUGCAUGCGAAACCUACACACAACACUGCGUGAAAACUCCCAUCUAAAGCACUACGGACGUCUACAAUACACGCUCUUCCUCAAGGGCAUCGGCCUCAGCCUAGACGAAUGCCUAGUCUUCUGGCGCCGCUCCUUCAAACUCAUGACCGACGACAAGUUCCAAAAAGAAUACAAAUACAACGUUCGCCACGCCUACGGCGACGUAGGCGGCGACGCGAACCGCCGCGGAAGAGGCUACACGCCCUAUUCCUGCCAAAAGCUCCUCACCGAGCCGCUCCCCGGGCCCGGUCAAGCCCACGGCUGCCCUUACCGUACCUUCACGCCAGACAACCUCACGUCCAUUUUACAACGCGUGGGCGUCAAUGACCGCGAUGUGCUUAAAAGCGUCAAAGAGGAUGUCGGCAAGCAGAGAUAUCAUGUUGCGUGUAACCGCGUGUUUGAAUGGAGUCAUAAGAGGGAGAUUAAGAAGGUCAAGGAUGAUGGCAGUUGGGGCGCGAAUGAUUUGGAUACCAUUACGCAUCCGAAUACGUACUUUAAGAGGAGUUGGCUACUUAAGCAUUUGGGUGAGGGGAAUGCUGGGCUCGUUAAUGGAAGUGGGGGUGGGGAGAAGAUGGAGGAGUAGAGUGGUUGUCAUGGUAUAUAUGGACUGAGCUAUUUUUCUUCGAAUGUGUUUUUUGUAUUGGGAUGAGGAUAUGGCGUAGGGAGUCUUCUUGCUUGAAGCAUAGGACGGGAUGGGGGCUCUUUGGCAUAUGAACAGGAGGCAUAAUUUUCGUAUGCAUUCGCCUUUCAAGCUUGACUAAACCUCUAUCUUCCUAAUUUGUGGUCCUUUGUCCUUUCCUUUCUCCAUAGCUGGUCACUGCUCGCAUGCGGGCUAUCUGUAUAGGAAUGGCAAUUGCAGGUCUUGUAGCUUUACAUCGGCUGAUGUUGGGGUACGGGGCUUUGAUUUGAGCCAGUAGAAUUUAGG